CUCAUCAGGAGAAAAUCUAAAGGCCCGCUAUCCUGAUGAGAAAAUCGUUAAGGCGAACGGCGUUGCAUGGAGAAUCUAAAGGCCCGCUAUCCUGAUGAGAAUGUCGUUAAGGCUGGAGGGAAACUUCCUUACGACGCCCUAAUAGGCCAUUCGGAUGAUCCCAAUACCAAGUUUUUCGAAUUCAAAUCCACCAUCAACCCUCAAUUUGAAUUCAAGUUUACCCCCAAGCAGCAGGCUUUUUUUGGUAAAUGCAAGAACGGCAGUGUUGUCUUCUUGAUGAUGGAUUGUCUGAAGGCUAAGGAGGGCCCUGGCGAGGACUGUUACUUCAAUUUUCCAAACCCAGCCCAAGUCAAGGUAGCUGAAGGAUUCGUGCCUGAUGAUGAGAUAAGAAAGUGGAAUUAUAAGGAGGGUAGCAUUCCGAUUUGGGUAUAUUUACGGAGGCUGGCAUGUCGACGAAAUGUAUUGGGAAGUUUAUCAGGAGCUAGUGGAUCGCAAAGGGAAGCUAUGGCUGCCAACAAUGGCACGAAGAUGAGAAACCAUUUUGACAGGUAAAUUUGCUGGUAGGUUUUUGAAGGUUGACAGUGCUUAUAUUGUUUGAUUUGGUUGUUAAGUGUUUCAGACAUCUGCAAUUUGUUGGUUCUUAUCCAAUUCUUAGUGUUAAUUGUCCUACUGUUUGGAAGAUGUAAGAUUGUUCACACCAAGCUAGAUCAGGGUUUUAGGGGAUUGCAUGUUGCGGGUUUGCCUGUUAAAGAUGACUUCGUUUAGGUGGUUGUCAAAGCUCUUGACUCUAGUGCCUUGUUUGUUUUUCUUAUGUUGAGCAGUGAGUUCGACUUUUAUUGCAGUGUUGGUAGUUUUCCUAGUGGCGAAAGACAAACUGUAUUUCCAUCUAGUAAUUUUGCUGGGGACUUCUGUUAAUGGCAUCCUUGAGAAUAGACACCACCUCUUUUGCUUGUUACUUAACUUAUGUGUUUUCUGUUCUCCCUUCUGCAAUCGAGACUUUUGAUCGAUACUCCUUUGGUUUCUCCUUGUGAUAUUCAGGGGCUUAGUUUUGGUUUGUUUAUUUAUUAAGGGUUUCCCCCCUUUCUUUAUCAUGAAUCCCUUAGUGCAUAAUACUGAUUACAACUAUUCCACUUGUGAUAUUCAGGGGUUUGAGUACCGAACGAGGAUCAAGCAAGUUAUUAAACAAAGCUUUAUGGAGGCAGAAGACUUUUUUGUGCCAGAAGAUUUGUUAUUAAGUCAAAGCUUUAUGUUACAUGUGCAGGAUCGAAGCGUACAUUGCUUUCGUAUAAGUGACAGGUUAAUGAAUCUGGGAUAUUUGA